AUCAUCAAUCUCCACCCUCCCGUUUCUCUAUAAUUUCCUUCCUUUCUGGGUUUUUUAGUCUCCCCACAUCACUCUCCCUCUCUCUCUCCUCUUUUUUCUUUCUUUCUUUGGCAUCUUGUUCUUCUCAUAUUUGUCCCUAGCUUCUUCUGGGUUAGUUUGCAUAUUUGGUAAAUUCGCUGAGUACCCUCUCCCACUACUCUGAAGAGGAUCUUCUUUUUUCUUUGAAUCAAUCAUUCACAAAACACCCACCUCCUCGACCUUCUCCUCCUCCUCUCCCUCUCUCUCUCUCUCUCUCUCUCUCUGUCUAUCUCUCUAUGUAAAUAUGCGCAAAUAUAUGUGCUUUUUUGGGGUGUAGUCCAAGUCCUUACUCAAAAACUUGAGAGAAAAGAGCUCUCACUUUCCACUUUUGGCUAUUUGGUGAUAAUUUCGAUCUACUGCCUUCCACCUGAUCUAUACCGUCAUUCCAACUCACAAAAAGAAAUAAGCUUUUUGGGUUAAUUUUGCUUAUUUGGGUGGAAGGAAAUUAAUUAAAAAUUAAAUCAUCAAAAAUGGUGAGAGGAAAAACUCAGAUGAGGCGCAUAGAGAACACGACGAGUCGUCAGGUGACAUUCUCAAAGAGGAGAAGUGGUCUGCUAAAGAAGGCCUUUGAGCUCUCAGUUCUUUGCGAUGCUGAGGUUUCCCUCAUCAUCUUCUCUCCCAAAGGAAAACUCUACGAAUUUGCAAGUUCCAGCAUGCAGGGAACCAUAGAGCGUUAUCUGAAGCAUGCGAAAGACAAUCAAACCAACAACAAAUCCAGUUCUAGUGAACAAAAUAUGCAGCAUCUGAAGCAAGAAGCAAGUAGCAUGCUGAAGCAGAUAGAGCUUCUUGAAGUAUCAAAACGGCAACUCUUGGGAGAGAGUCUAGGAUCAUGCACUCUUGCAGAAUUACAAGAAAUAGAGCACCAGUUGGAGAAGAGCGUCUACAACGUCCGAGCCCGAAAGAAUCAGGUUUUCAAGGAACAGAUUGAGCAACUUAGAGAAAAGGAAAAACUCCUCACAGCUGAAAAUACAAGACUGGUUGAGAAGUAUGGUAGUUUCAAGAAAACAUUGGACGAGCGAAGAGAAAAGACACCCUACAAUGAAAGUAGUACAAGCUCGGAUGUUGAGACUGAAUUGUUCAUUGGACUGCCGGAAAGUAGGGCGAGGCGCUAGCUUCUACUCCUAGAGAGCCGACAUUAAUAUAACCAAAAAUCCAUGAAUGAGCAGAUAUAUUCUUUCUGUAGUUUCAGAUUGUUUUUUGGCCCUGCAUUAGAUUGUUGCUCCACUAAAUUAACAUUUCAGUGGACCUCUGGAAGUAAUUACAAUUGUAUUGUCAGGGGGAUCAUAUUGUCUUCCUGGAAAUGAUUAUGAUGCAUAUAUAUGGACUAUUUGAUUUUUGUUAGAUA